GACUUUUCAAAUAAGGAGUCCAUCUCCUAUGUCUGAAAAUGAGGGCACACAGUCAAACACAAGUCGCUCGGGGAGUCCUCCUUUACGCAAGUCCGAUGAAGACAGUCUCAUACAUCCGGUCAAUCUACUAUCACUUCACCUCGCUCAGAUAGCGAAGCCGAGUUGCUUAUGGAUGAUGCUUACAUUCUCCGAAGACCGCAUCCCAUUUCGGCCAUCACCGUUUAGAAAACCCGUUCAUAUGCCAGAACCAUUGCCGAAUCCUAUCAGAUACUGGACGCCAGUGCUCAAACAGCCUGUCGUGACCACGGAGAGUCGAGCUCAAGUAGGCGAACAGAACCAUGGGACGAUGGUGUACAGACCAGAAGUGUACCACUACAUCAUCGUUCUCAAACGAACUCUCGAGGCGAGUACGAGAAUGCGUGAAGUGAUAGCUUGAAGCAUCCGGCCGAAGCUGAGGUAGGACGUUUUCAUGAACUUGUGCAUCCAAACGAGCAGGGUUGGACGCCACGUCUGCCUGUAGAGUUAUACGAACAAAGCAUCUGACACGCGUAGAAUAAUAUUGUGACCGAAGACCAAUCCAAGAGAUUGAUACGGAAACUGGCUGACCCAAAUUCAGCGUUACUGAAGGUCUAGACUUCCCCGAAUACGAAC